UCCCAGAAAAUAAUCAAAAUCCAACCAACCAACAACUACAACGACAUUCGCUAAUCUUCUCACUCUGUGCAAAAGCGUGUUGGUGUGUGUGUGAGAGAGAGAGAGAGAGGGUGAGAAAGGAAGGAGGUUGAGUUGUGAUGUUGGAGUCGUGUUACAAGCCGCUGGAGCGGUGUUUCGGCGGUGGUGGUGACGACGGACUUUUAUGGCACAUGGACUUGAAGCCCCACGCAUCAGGUGAAUACUCCAUUGCCGUUGUUCAGGCGAAUUCAUUGCUUGAAGACCAAGGUCAAGUGUUAACUUCACCCUCUGCAACUUACAUCGGUGUUUACGAUGGUCACGGUGGUGCCGAAGCCUCUCGAUUCAUCAAUAAUCACCUCUUUCUUUACCUACAGAAAUUUGCUGCUGAACAUGGAGGAUUAUCCAAGGAUGUGAUAGAAAAGGCAUUUGAUGCAACUGAAACAGAUUUCUUGCAUCUAGUGAAAGAAUCCUGGCUGGAUAGACCACAAAUUGUAUCAGUAGGUUCAUGCUGUCUUGUUGGUGUGAUUACAAAUGGUACUCUAUUUGUGGCAAACCUAGGGGACUCUAGGGCUGUGCUUGGUCGGCGUGCAACAGAUGGCAGGAUGGUUCAUUCUUCAACUGUUGUGGCUGAACGGUUAUCGACUGACCAUAAUGUUGGGGUUGAAGAGGUGAGAAAGGAGGUCAAGGCCCUUCAUCCUGAAGAUUCACAUAUUGUAAUUCAUACUCAUGGGGUCUGGAGGAUAAAAGGCAUCAUUCAGGUGUCGAGAUCAAUCGGAGAUGUCUACUUGAAGAAACCUGAAUAUAACCGAAAUCCUCUCUUCCAUCAGUAUGCAUCCCCUAUACCGUUAAAAAGAGCUGUUAUGUCAGCUGAGCCAUCAAUAUUGACUCGCAAGUUGAGGCCGCAAGACCUGUUCUUAGUUUUUGCUUCAGAUGGCCUGUGGGAACAACUCAGUGACGACACCGUUGUUGAUAUAGUUCACAAAAAUCCAAGAAAUGGAAUAGCAAGGAGAUUAAUACGAGCUGCAAUCGAGGUGGCAGCAAGGAAAAGAGAAAUGAGGUAUGAUGAUAUAAAGAGAAUUGAGAAGGGGGUGAGGCGCCAUUUUCAUGAUGAUAUUACCGUGGUGGUUAUCUACCUUGACUACCAUCAAGGAUGGCCCAAUGGUAAUGGUAAAUUCAAAGACGAUAUUACUGAUAACUGCACUACUGCCCCUCUCGAUAUUUUCACUUUCAAUUCAGAUAAUGGUGAUCUUUCUCCCUGAUCUGCAUACCAUUUUGCACCAUAUCUUGUUCAUAUAAUAAACAGGAUGGUCACAAAAAUGGGGAAAUGGGUUUCUUUUGAGAAGUAAUUUAGAGAAAAGAGGUGAUGUACAUAGUUUCUAUAUAUAGUGCGUUAGAAGGUUGAGUUGGAUCCAAGUCAGUGGCCUCAUCAACUGGCUCAGACCAUCUUCUCUUCAUGGUCUCAUGAAAAUGCUGGAUGAUCAGAGGCUCUAAACUAUAAUGGGUAUAUGUAUAACUAUAUAUGUCUGUCUAUAGGUACUAAUCUGUUUUUGUCUUCAAAAUACGUUUUGACUUCAACCAUCGGAAACUGAAAUAUUGUUGUCAUGUAUUGUUAGUUUGUUUAUUUAUUUGUGGUUGAAAUG